UCGGACCAGGCAGAGAGCUGUCCAAGAGAACGGCCAGAUGUUGGAGCGCCGGGAAACCGAGAAAGAAAGCAGGUGGCCGGAGCAGAGCCUGGUGCGGUGGGGUUUUCCUCAUCCUUUGGGCAGCCCCAUGGGACUCCUGGCCACAGCCGUCCUAUUCUGCAUGCUGCUGGACCCAGUGUUACUCCAGACUCUCGAGCAGCAGGAUCUUCCAAAUGUGGAAGGGGUCCCCAGUCUAAAUGUGAAGUUUGAUUCUUGGAGAAUGGAACUGAGUUGGGACUGCAAAGAAAACACUACCUACCUCGAAUGCGUGAUGAUUCACAAGGAGAACGGGCCUAUCAAAAUAACACCCCAGGAGAAAGAAUGUCACUGCAAGUUUUCGGAUUAUUCUCUCCAUGAUGGAGUCACGCUCAUGGUUAAAGUAAAUAGCACCCAAAGACCGAUUCCAGAAACACUGGUCUACACUAACUCAGGUGGGGAGGGCACAGCUGCCCAAAAUUUCUCCUGUUUUAUCUACAAUGCGAACUUCAUGAACUGCAGUUGGGCAAAGGGUCAAGCUGCCCCUGAUGACGUCCAAUAUUUUUUGUAUAUACGAGACUUGAGAAGAAAAAGGGAAAGAGAGUGUCCUCAUUACAUAGAAGACUCAGGAACCCACGUGGGCUGUCACCUGGAAGACCUCUCAGGAUUAGCGAACUACAAUUAUUUCCUGGUGAACGGUACCAGCCAACAGACAGGAAUCCAGUUCUUUGAUUCGAUUUUGUCGUGGAAGAAAAUUGAAAUAUACAGCCCACCCAACAAUAUCAGCGUGCACUGCAACAAGUCCUACUGCGUGAUCCGAUGGGAAAAGCCCAAGACCCGACAUAAGCUGUCCAACAUGGAGUUCAAGUACCAGCUGGACAUCCAGAAACAGAGCACUAAGGAACACAGUGAGGAUCAACCGAUUGAGGUGCCUGGUAAUUUGGAAAAUAGCUAUAGCUUCCCAAGUCCGGAGCCCAGACCCAAGCAUACUGUGAAAAUAAGGACCUCGGACGCGCGGAUCCAGAACUGGGGUCACUGGAGCCAGCCCACUGAGUUUGGUUCCGAGGAAACCGAGCCCAGCCUCGUGCCCAUCUAUGCACUGGUGGUCCUGGGGACCCUCAUCACUGCCCUGAUCCUCGGCUGCCUUUUGAAAAGGUUCCUCGCGUCAGAGAGCCUCUUCCCACCGAUUCCGCACAUCAAAGACAAAUGGAACGAUACCCAUCAGCCUGACCACCAGGUCAUCUGGGAGAACUUCACCUUGGACACGGAAAAAGGUGACAACGAAGAGAUCCUCACUGUGGAAGAAGUCACAGUGGCCCUGGCGAGCAAGUGAACUGCAUGGACUCUUCCAGCCCCGGAACAUUCUGGAAGCUUUUUUUUUUUUAAUUAUUAU